ACGUCAAUACACGUCAACCGGAGAACAUGAUGCCUCUUUGCAAGUCAACUCGUGUGCUCUGUCGCUGAUAGAGGCGCCUCAAGCUGAAAUAUUAUAGCUCUAUUGUACUGACGAACGUGGUGUGACAGCCCGCAGGCUCAGCAAAUGGCCAGCUUCGUAUCGCCACACUAGCGGACAGGGUCGCCACAUUGGCGUUCAGGCGGCCGAGGGCGACACAGAAAUCAACUUUGUGUAUUUUAAUGGACACGCUUCGAGCGACGGCGGCGGCAGCAGCGGCGGUGGCGGGCGGUUUGUUUUCCUUUCGUCUUUAUCUCGAGCUGCUCAAGUAAGCCCCAGUCUGCCCCUCGUGUGUCCCUGCACGUCUGGCUGCCUCCUACUCUUCCACUCAACAGUCCCGUUUUAGAACAGCAUGGUCAUGGCUGACAGUGUCCAAAAACCGCUGAUCCGGGGUCCGGUCCGAGUGGGCUUCUACGACAUCGAGCGCACUUUAGGAAAGGGCAAUUUCGCUGUGGUGAAGUUGGCCCGACACCGCAUAACCAAGACGGAGGUGGCCAUUAAGAUCAUCGACAAGACCCAGCUGGAUGCCGUCAACCUGGAGAAGAUCUACAGAGAAGUUCAGAUCAUGAAAAUGCUGGACCACCCCCACAUUAUUAAGCUCUACCAGGUGAUGGAGACGAAGAACAUGCUUUAUUUAGUCACGGAGUAUGCCAAGAGUGGGGAGAUCUUUGACUAUCUGGCAAAGCAUGGCCGUCUCAGUGAGCUAGAGGCCAGGAGGAAGUUCUGGCAGAUCCUGUCAGCGGUUGAGUACUGCCACAACCGGAACAUCGUUCACAGAGACCUGAAGGCUGAGAAUCUGCUGCUGGAUGGCCAUAUGAACAUCAAGAUUGCAGAUUUUGGAUUUGGCAACUUUUUCCAGCCCGGGAAGCCUCUGGCCACAUGGUGUGGCAGCCCGCCCUAUGCUGCUCCAGAGGUCUUUGAGGGACAACAGUAUGAAGGCCCGCAGCUGGAUAUCUGGAGUAUGGGGGUGGUGCUUUACGUGCUAGUGUGUGGUGCAUUGCCAUUUGAUGGGCCCACUCUGCCUGACCUCCGGCAGAGAGUACUAGAGGGAAGGUUUCGCAUCCCCUACUUCAUGACUGAAGACUGUGAGCACCUGAUCCGCAGAAUGUUGGUCUUGGACCCGUCAAAGCGUCUCUCUGUGGCCCAGAUUAAGGAACACAAGUGGAUGACUCUGGAUGUUCCUAUACAGAGGCCAGUACUGUACCAACAGCCUCUGUCCUCUGAGGGUGAGGCCGGUGUAGGAGAAUACAGUGAACAGGUCCUUCGGUUGAUGCACAGCCUCGGUAUCGACCAGCACAAGACUAUAGAGUCUCUGCAGAACAAAAGCUACAACCACUUUGCUGCUAUCUAUUACCUGCUGGUGGAGCGGCUAAAGGCCCAUCGCUGCAGCUUCCCCGUCGAACAGAGGCUCGACGCCCGCCAGCGACGACCCAGCACCAUCGCCGAACAGACUGUCGUCAAGUCGACCAGUGUUUCCGCCCAGGUGGGUUUGCUCCAGCAGGGCGGUCGUUUGUUGCGUUCUCCUGCUGUGCCUCAAGCAUCCUCUGAUGCUUUCGCCUUUCCCCAGACUGCAUCUCCCCUGGAGCAGACUUUCAUGGUGGAGGAUGUCAACACACCCAAAGUUAACGGCUGCCUGCUGGACCCCCUACCUCCCCCCACUGUCCUGCGCAAGUCCUCCACCUCAUCGCCUAGCAACAUGAUGGAGACAUCCAUUGAUGAGGGCAUUGAAACAGAGGAGCCCGACACAGAGGAUGAUCCGCCUCACCUGCUCUCGGCCUAUCAGACAGCUCGAUUUGGCCAGCGGCGACACACCUUGUCUGAGGUCACCAACCAGCCAGGACCUUCGAAUCAGGGUAAAUUAUUCACUUUAGGCCAAAAUCCUUCCAUGGGUAGCGUGGACUCGGACAUUGGCUACGACAUGGGCUCGAUGCACAGCGAUCUCAGUCUGCUGGAGGAUCCUCCCUCGCUGAGUGAAGUCGUUCCGCCCAACAGCUCUCCCCCUGGUGUUACCCCUACAUCUUUCUUGAGUGCCAGGCCUGCCAACCCAGCUAUGGCUGCAUUGACUUCCCAGUAUAGGGAGACCCACAACCGUUCCCCAAUCAGCUUCAGGGAAGGGCGCCGUGCCUCCGACACCUCCCUUACCCAAGGUCUAGUCGCAUUUCGGCAGCACCUUCAGAACUUGGCGAGGACCAAAGGCAUCCUGGAGCUGAACAAAGUCCAGCUGCUGGUGGAGCAGAUGGGCUCUGGGGAUGGGGUCACCAUGGACCCCUUGGGACCACAGCACCACUUGCACAACCUCCUCGAGGGUGAAGCAUGCAAGCAGCAGGAAGGCCUAGCGUUAUACCAAGGUGGGCCGCAGCCGCCUCUGCUGUCCCGCAGACAGAGUUUGGAGACACAUUACCUCACACACAGACUACAGAAGGCCAACGUCUUGGCCAACAGUCCUGCUAGCUGCCAGGUUUUCUGUAAGGAGACUCCUCGAAGUUUAGAGCAACAGCUGCAGGAACACAGACUGCAUCAGAAGAGGAUGUACCUGCAGCAGCAAUCACAAGGCAUGGGGCUGCAGACCUACUUCAACCAGAUGCAGAUUGAUGAAGGAUCCUACCCAACAGGCAGCACUCCGCUGGACCCAGCGGCAUCCCAAAGUUCCCCUCAGGGCUCCCCCAUGUCAGCCACCCACCAGCCUCAGGCCCAGCAGCAGGGCAGCCCUCAGGCCUCACCUCCAUUCAGCCACGCUCAUAACCUGAGCCCUGUGAUGGAACCAGGCGAGGCCCUGGGUUAUGAUGCCUACAUGACCCAUCACCACUACACCCAACAUCUGCCUCCAGGAUCUCACCUCCACCACCAGUUCCACCACCCUCAGCCUCAUGAAGCUGCUGCCAGCAGCCUGGGCUUCAGCUACCCUGGAAGCUGCGAGCAGGUCCUGGGGCCCUCCACUGAGGCUCUUCUGCCAGAGCAGUACGAGUUCUCACUGGAUCCCGCCUGCCUGCCCCCACCUGCUGGAGGAGAGGUUAAUACCGGAGUUAUGGGUGGAGUUUUGGCUGCUUCUGGGCAGUCUGACGGCUUGGGCUUACCUGAGCUGCAGGGCUCUCUCUUGGACAGUGAGAUGAUGGAGACUGUGGACUCGCAGCAUGGCUUCGUACUGGUCAACUAAAGCCAGCUGAGGGGCUUUAUAGAAUGCAGUAUUAAGAAAUGAGAAUCCACACAGCAUUGAGAGCAGAGAGAAUGGAGAUGUAAGUGGAGGCCAUAAGCGUAGCAACAAGGGAAGGAAGUGUUAAUUUUUGUGCAACUAAUACAAACUUCAUUUCUUAGUUGUGACGAACCUCGACCUUUCUACCAGAAUCCUCCCUUAACCUACCUCCCUUUCUCCCUCGUCUCCUCUGUUCUCGUUCUCAUCAGCCCUGUGAGGCAGGAAGAGGCCCGGUAUGUGGCACAGCGGGAGUUUCACCGUACUGACUCGGCGAGGUUGCUGUUGUCACGUACGUUGUGUGAGUACUGCGCCGUGCAGCCCAAUGGGGGGGGGUUGGGAUGCCGCACAUCCCGGAGGCCGAUGGAGCGCAGCGAGUCAACUAUGGUUUGGAAGCAAACUCAUUUAAGACCCGACUGCGUGGCAACCAAAAGCACAAUGGCUGGCAGUGCUUUUUGUAUUUAAAACAGGACACCAUCAACAACAAUAGACUGGUUCUCAAAACACUUUGACUUUUUUUUCUCCUUCUAAGAAACUGGUAGUUUUAGAAAAAAAAUAUUGUAAAAAAGAAAA